CUCUCUCUCUCUCUCUCUCUCUCUCUCUCAGUGUAGGUGAUAUCUCAUUGCUUCUCCCUUCUUGUAGUGACAAUAUGAAAUUUGUGGUAUAAAGGCACUGCAGAUUUUUUUUUCCUUCUAGCAUAUAUGCUUGGUGUUCUGUUUCAUUUCUGCAUUGUCUUGUUUUUCAAAUUGUUUCACUUGGGGAAAAAACAGCUAGUCUUGGCCAUUCUUCCACCAAAUCACUUUCAAGAUGUUUCAGAGACAAAAGAGUGUUCGCAUUAGCAGGAUGUACAUUUGUUGUCGUUAUAACUACAAAGGAUUUGAAAUAAAACAAUUCCUCAAGGCAAAACGUUUAAUUUAUUUUCCUUUGAAUGAGUUGCUUGUUUAUGAAGAUUAACGAAGUGGCUAAUGCUAGUACUGUAUGCAGCCAAGAAAAAUUGAUUUAGUACAGUCUUUUUGUGUUUAUUUUUCAUAUUCUAUGGAAUUCUCCUGGUUUUAAAUGAAAUACAUCUUUCUAGUAAGGCAGACUCCUCACUUGGAAGCCAUGAUUCUGCAAUAUAAUGUUAGGCAGCCAUAUACUGUAUAUAUAUAAGCUUGUGUUAGCCACUGUCCUUUCAUGUUUGCUCAAGAGAAGCAGGGUGUGUGUCUGUGUGGGCAAUGUGUAUCUUUUCAAUUGGCUUAUGAACAAUUGGCUUAUGAACAAUUGCAGGUGUCACUAUUGUAGUCUUUUUGGAGCAGUUCUAAACAGAGAAACCACAUGAAUUAAAUUGCACAUGAAUUAAAGUACAUUCAAGACAAAAUACAUUCUAGAGUCUCAGAUGAAGGUGAAAGCAAACCAUUUCUUAAUAAGUCUUGCCAAGGAUUUGCCUUUGGGUCUCCAUACAUCUUCAACGAUUUGAAGUCACACAACAACAGGCAUCAAAAUAUUGAUUCAGUAGAGAUGUGUAUGCUAUUAUUGGUGUGCUCUUGCUGAAAAGAUCCACUCCUGGGCAGCUAUGUGCCACAUUUCAAAAUGAAAGAGCACUCAGAACGUAGCCUCUGAUUAUCAGUUCAAGUAGGAAUACAAGAGAAGAGGCACUCUUGUAGAGACAGUGGCUUAGUCUGUGAAAGUCUUGAUAGGUUGAUGCCAAAUACGUUGGUGUCAAGUACUGUACAUUUAGCCCAGAAAUGAAUUGUGAGCCUGUAAAUGAUGAGGCAAAACCUAUGUAAUGUUACACAUUGACAUUUUCAAAUUUUGCCUUUAUCAAACCCUAGGAAAAAAGUGGUGUGAUUUCCUCCAGUUUGAUAGGCUCGACCUAAUCGGAUGAAUGGUAGAAGUGCUACUUUACUUUCCAUAUAGCAGCAAUUGUGCUUUUAUGGAUUCUGAAUUAAACCAAUAGAUGCUUUUACCCCACCCCCUUUCCUUCAAAUUUAAGAAAAAUGGAUGCUGUCAGCGCCAUUGUGGAAACCCUCUCACAAUGCCAGAUCAGUUGCAGAUUAAUAUAUUUCACUCAUGGAAGACUAAAUUGUGAAGGGAAUGGUUAAGAAAAUUAAAACAGAAUUCUCUCCUUAAGGUGGGGACUAAUUGCCUCCCCAAGUUGUUAGUAAAAUGACCUUUUUAAUGGUUUUUCUUUUGAACAAAGUACUUGCCUGGUAGUCAUCAGUGAAACAUUUGAGCAUCUGGCAAGCAUUAGUGUAGUCUGUUACCGCCUGCCCCCAGCGCCCUGCAUCUCUGUAUGGUGUGGAAUCAUUGCUGUGUCAUUUUACAGAUGCUGCUUGAAGCAGAGGUUAAGUGAUUUGCCCAAGGCCAUGCUAGAAGUUUGUGCUUGAGUGAGCAGUGAACAAGGAGGGUGCAUCUUUUAUUUGUUCUCAAAAGAGAGCGAUAGAGCGAUUCAUUUCCAAAACCUCGUUGUAUAGAUAUGUCAGCUAAUUAUAUUACUUUUAGCUGAUUUAAGUAUCUGUUCUUCAGAUCUGAUUGGUCAAUUGAUACAAUCUAAUUUAAUUUGCACGUGAAUUGUGAAAUCCAGAGUCCACAUCUCAGUAUGUCCACAUGCUUACUACUAGAUGGUGUUUUGCAGACCUCUUUGCCAUGCUUCACCUCAAAAAAGGAUCCAGCAUUUUCUUCAGCUAUCCAUGAUAAACUGCAGGUGCCCAACACGACCCGAAAAGCAUGGAAUGAAAGAGACAACCGGUGUGAUGUUUGUGCCACUCACUUGAACCAACUAAAGCAGGAGGCUAUUCAGAUGGUAUUGACGCUUGAACAGACUACCAACACUGAACACUGUGAUGCUUCUCCUGGCUCCCCGCCCCCUCUCCCCAAUCUUCCCACCUUAGUGGGCUCUCGACAUAUGGGCAGCCUGCAGCCCAGGGACUGGGCAUAUAUGUCUGCCCCUUAUGCUACUUCCAAUUACGCUGGCUUUCUGCCUAACAAACUCAGCGGGAAAUCAAACAACAUAGGGAUCGUUAAUGGAGUAGAGAAGAAAAAUGGCUCCUUGGGACACCAGGCAAAGGUCAGUGUGCAGAUGGCCACCAGCCCCAGCAAUGGUAACAUCCUGAAUUCAGUGGCUAUCCAGGCUCAUCAGUACCUAGACGGCACCUGGUCCUUGUCAAGAACUAAUGGCGUUACUCUGUACCCCUAUCAAAUUUCACAGUUGAUCACUGAGACAGGUCGAGAGGGACUGACUGAAGCUGUGCUGAACCGCUACAAUGCAGAUAAGCCUUCCUUGUGCAGCGUCCCUGUCUCCCAAAGCACGUGUGUCGCCAGUGAAACAUCAACAGGCACCUCAGUGGCGGCUUCCUUUUUUGCCAGAGCUGCUCAGAAGUUGAACCUGUCAUCUAAAAAGAAGAAACACAGGCCUUCUACAUCCUCUGUUUCUGAAUCUCAUCUUUUUGCUACAAAGUUUAGUACAGUCUUACAGACCUCUCCUCCACCAGCCCCACCAUGUUUGCUGAGAGCAGUCAACAAAGUGAAGGACACUCCUGGAUUGGGCAAGGUGAAGGUCAUGGUGCGCAUUUGUUCUACCUUGGCCAGAGACUCCUCCGAAUCCAGCUCUUUCCUAAAGGUUGAUCCUCGUAAGAAGCAGAUUACUAUAUAUGACCCAUUGUCCUGUGGAGGCCAGAAUGCUUUCCAAAAGAGAAACAGCCAAGUACCACCAAAGAUGUUUGCAUUUGAUGCUGUUUUCCCUCAAGAUGCCUCUCAGGCUGAGGUAUGUGCAGGAACAGUAGCCGAAGUGAUCCAGUCUGUGGUGAAUGGUGCGGAUGGAUGUGUGUUUUGCUUCGGGCAUGCCAAAUUAGGAAAAUCCUACACUAUGAUUGGAAAAGAUGAUUCCAUGCAGACUCUUGGCAUAAUCCCUUGUGCCAUCUCCUGGCUUUUCAAGCUGAUUAAUGAACGGAAAGAGAAGACAGGAGCCCGUUUCUCUGUCCGAAUUUCAGCAGUUGAAGUGUGGGGUAGAGAAGAAAAUCUGAGAGACUUGCUCUCAGAAGUGGCAACAGGCAGCCUACAAGAUGGCCAGUCUCCAGGUGUCUACCUCUGUGAGGAUCCAAUUUGUGGCAUGCAGCUUCAGAAUCAAAGUGAGCUGAGAGCCCCAACUGCAGAGAAAGCUGCCUUCUUCCUCGAUGCAGCAAUUGCCUCCCGUCGAAGCAGUCAGCAAGAUUGCCGGGAGGAAGAUCACAAGAAUUCUCACAUGCUCUUCACUCUGCACAUCUAUCAAUACCGAAUGGAGAAGAGUGGCAAAGGGGGAAUGUCAGGAGGCCGUAGUCGCUUACACCUCAUUGAUCUUGGGAGCUGUGUUAAACCCCUCAGCAAAAAUCGAGAAGGAGGUUCUGGACUCUGUCUUUCAUUGUCUGCAUUGGGCAAUGUCAUCCUUGCCCUAGUCAAUGGUAGCAAACACAUUCCAUACAAAGACAGCAAGCUGACCAUGUUGCUCCGGGAGUCCCUUGGGAACAUGAAUUGCCGAACCACCAUGAUAGCUCACAUUUCGGCAGCUGCAGGCAACUAUGCUGAAACACUUUCCACCAUCCAGAUUGCAUCAAGGGUCUUGAGAAUGAAGAAGAAGAAAACCAAGUAUACAUCAAGUUCUUCUGGAGGAGAAAGUUCUUGUGAAGAAGGGAGAAUGCGGAGGCCUACCCAGCUGAGACCUUUCCAUUCUCGGAAUGCUGUUGAUCCAGACUUCCCUAUUCUUCAUCUAUCCAGUGACCCAGAUUAUUCUUCUAGCAGCGAACAGUCAUGUGACACUGUCAUUUAUGUUGGCCCAAAUGGUACCGCCCUCUCAGAUAAAGAGCUGACAGAUAACGAAGGCCCCCCUGAUUUUGUUCCCAUUGUUCCUGCCCUUCAAAAGACUAUAAAUGAAAGCAAGCUGGAUGAAGUGACUGAGACAGCUCCCAGCACCUCUGAGAGAGACUGCUUGAAGUGCAAUACAUUUGCAGAACUCCAGGAGAGGUUAGACUGCAUUGAUGGCAGCGAGGAGACAGACCAUUUUCCUUUUGAGGAGUUGCCUGUUCAGUUUAGCUCAGACCAAGCAACCAAAUGCCCUUUAUCAAGCCAGGUGCCAGAGCUUAACAAUACAUUAGACCCAGACAGGGAAGAAGGCUUCCAAGAGCCUGAUAAAGAGCUCAAGGAAAACCUAAACAUGGUGCCCAGCAAUGUUCAGGGAGGACACUCGCCUGUUCACAGUGGGAUGCCCAAUGAAAUUUCUACUCCUCCCUCCCCCAGGAGUGUUACAGGCAGUCCUAGCAGCCAGAUGAACUCUUCCCAGCAGUCUCAUUGCACAGACCCACAAAGCAGUCAUGAAAGUCUUAACUCCUGCGGCUUUGUAGAAACCAAGCCUCGAUCCAUGGGUUCCCCACGGCUUGGCAUUGCAAGCCUUUCCAAGACAUCUGAAUAUAAGCCACCUACUUCUCCUUCUCAGAGGUGCAAGGUUUACACCCAGAAGGGGGUAUUGCCCAACCCUGCGCCUCCACCAUCAUCACUUAGCAAAGAUUCAGGCAUGGUGUCCAGUGAGUCGCUGAUACAGCCUGAUAUCCGCACACCUCCCAUAGGAAUGAGCCCUCAGCUCACAAAAAAGUCGCUGUCUUCCAGCAGUGUGGACUAUGGAGAGACAAUGGACAGUGUAGAGCAGCAGCAACAGUCUGUUUCACCAGAGACAAAGAAGGAGAUUUUAAGCACCACCAUGGUCACAGUACAGCAGCCAUUAGAGCUGAAUGGAGAAGAUGAGCUAGUAUUUACCCUGGUGGAAGAACUGACCAUUAGUGGUGUUCUUGAGAAUGGACGUCCAACAAGUAUAAUCAGUUUUAACAGUGAUUGUUCUGUUCAGGCUUUGGCCUCUGGAUCUCGACCAGUUAGCAUUAUCAGCAGUAUUAGUGAAGACCUUGAAUGCUAUGCCAACACAGCUCCUGUGUCAGAGGUCAGCAUCACCCAGUUUCUCCCUCUUCCAAAAAUGGGUCCAGGUGACAAAGCUGAAGAGGCUGAAAGUAGACGCUCCUCUAUCAGCUCCUGGCUGAGUGAAAUGAGCACUGGAAGUGAUGGUGAACAAUCAUGCCAUAGCUUCAUAGCACAAGCAUGUUAUGGUCAUGGGGAAGCAAUGGCAGAUGCUUCUGUUCCUGAGCUUUCGAAGGCUGAACAGAAUAAUAGUGCAAGUUGUACAGAUGAUAAGCAAAAGCCAGUGACUGAGGAUAUAUUUCUACCACCAGAAGUGGUUGACAAAAGUAUUAAUAAAAUGUCGCCCAUCAAAGGUUGCAGAAUAUCACCCCUGGGAAAGACGACAGUCACAAUAUCAAACACUGCAAGCCUAAGCAGCUGUGAAGGCUUCAUUCCAAUGAAGACCAACAUUACUGUGUAUCCAUGUAUCACUGUUAAUCCCCUUAAGGCACAAGAGACUCAUGAAGCUGUCUCAGCAGUAUCAUCACCAGCAAAAACACAAUCUCUUCAAGAAGUGAAAGAAUACAAUACAAGGAAAGAGAUAAAAUUUGAUGACCCUUGGCUGAAGCGGGAAGACAGUGUGAAAAAAGAAAAUGGUGAAACCAAGUCUGAAGCUGUACCAGAUAAAAACAUGAAGCAGAGCUUAGCAGACAGGUUUAGUAGCAGUAGCGGUGAGACUUCUAGCUCCCCAGGAACAGAAAACCUGAAAAGGAUUGUAGAUGGAUGUGAAAUGGGACUAUCCAGUUCCACUACCCAUAGCCCCAUUCAUUCUACUGACAGCAUUAAAAAUGGCAGCCUCACCAGAGGGUUCCAGAAGGUCAGCAAGCAGGAGGAACUGGAUGCAGUCUCUUAUCAUUACAUUGAAGAGAACAAUGCAAUUAACUCUUCUGUUUCAUGUCAGACUUCAAAAACUAGCCUGGAAAGAAGAAUUGCUUCCCCCAAGCAUUGUAUUCUCACACGUCCGAAAGGAACCCCACCAUUGCCUCCUGUAAGGAAAUCUAGCCUUGAUCAGAAGAAUCGGGCCAGCCCUCAGCACAGUGCUUGCAGCAGCGGCACUAGCAGCCCUUCAAACCAACCAUCAUCGUAUUUGGCUAGUUUUUCUGAUGAGUUCAUUGGGAAACAGAAGAGCUCUUGUAUAGAGAAUGGCAACAAUAGUAGCAGCAAGCUAUUUAGUGCCAAACUGGAACAGCUGGCAAGCAGAACCAAUUCAUUGGGAAGGUCCCAUGGAAGCCAUUAUGAGUGUCUGUCAUUGGAAAGGGCAGAGAGUCUGUCCUCUGUCAGGAUGAAUUCCGGGAAAGACACCACAAUGCCAAGAGCUGGGAGGAGUCUGAACCGCAGUCUGAUGUCCUCACCAACAAAUUCAGGCAUUUCUCAGUCGGCAGGUGCCUCACCAAAGGCCAGUCAGUCUAAGAUCUCUGCAGUGAGCAAACUCCUUUUGGCAAGUCCAAAGGCUCGAAGUCUGGCAGCCUCAACCACCAAAACACUUAGCUUUUCAACCAAGUCUCUUCCACAGUCGGUGGGACAGAGCUCAAGUUUGCCUCCAAAUGGAAAGAACAUGUCCUGGUCUACUCAGUCUCUCAGCAGGAGCAGGAAUUCUGGUCUUUCUUCAAAGCUGCCCCUUAGAGCUGUUAAUGGAAGAAUUUCAGAACUGCUGCAGGGAAGCCCAGGCACCCGAGGGCUUCAGUUACGUAGGAACUCAGACACCGAUGACCGUGGUGCUAUUCAUGGAGAUGAAAAGCCACUUGUCCACCUGCUGCCUUCACCUUACAGCAAGAUAACUCCACCAAGAAAGCCUCACCGCUGUAGCAGCGGCCAUGGAAGUGACAAUAGCAGUGUUCUGAGUGGGGAACUGCCCCCUGCCAUGGGGAAAACAGCCUUGUUCUACCACAGUGGAGGAAGCAGUGGGUACGAGAGCAUGAUGAGAGACAGCGAAGCAACGGGAAGUGCUUCCUCAGCACAAGACUCCAUGAGUGAGAAUAGCAGUUCUGUCAGUGGGAGGUGCAGAAGUCUCAAAAAUCCAAAGAAGCGUUCAAAUACAGGUUCUCAGAGACGGCGACUCAUUCCAGCUUUAUCACUUGAUGCAACAUCACCAGUAAGGAAACCUACAAGCCCAGCUGUACGCUGGGUGGAUGGACCUCUGCGAAGUGCCCAAAGAGGAAUGGGAGAGCCCUUUGAAAUCAAGGUCUAUGAGAUCGAUGAUGUGGAGCGGCUCCAGCGACGACGCACAGGAGACAACAAUGAGGUAAUUUGUUUCAACGCCAAACUGAAAAUCUUGGAGCAUCGACAGCAGCGAAUUGCAGAGGUCAAGGCCAAGUAUGAGUGGUUAAUGAGGGAGUUGGAAGUGACCAAACAGUACCUGAUGCUGGAUCCUAAUAAAUGGCUCAGUGAAUUUGACCUGGAGCAAGUAUUUGACUUCGAUUCCCUGGAGUACUUGGAGGCUCUGGAGUGUGUGACUGAACGCCUGGAGAACCGUGUCAACUACUGCAAAGCCCACCUCAUGAUGAUCACAUGCUUUGACAUCACUUCCAGGCGUCGAUGAAGAUUUCACCGCAAGAAUGUUUUGGACUACUGCCUCCCCUUUUCUCCUUUUGGAACAGCGCCCCAAAGACACAGAAUGAGGAUGAAGGUCGGUGUCAUGUUUUGACUGUAUGUGUGUGUGUUAAGAAGAGAUUCCCCUCACCUUUCUGUUUAUGAUGAAGAGCAGAUCGUAAAUUGAAUAGAUGAUAAUGAAAAGCAAAGACACAGAGGUAUAAGGAUGUGGAUUCUUCUAGCCCUGAAAGAGCACUUUGAGAAAUCUUUAAGGACGUAUUUGUAAAUAGGAACUGCUGGCAGAAGUGACUUUUUCCCAACGAUACCUGAAGCAAGAGGAAGAGCAGAUGUAGGAUCGCCGCUGCUGAAAGCACCAUUAAAGUGAAAAUACACAGAGAAACUGUCUUAAGUGCCUUGCAAAUCUUUAUUAUCCAAACAUUUAUGUCCAUAUAUUUUGUGUACAGAUGGUGCUAGUCAAGUAAAAGAAAAAAAAGACAAAAAAUCAAAACACUUUUUUUGGAAAUGUAUUUGCAACCUGGUUUUUAUUUUCCUCUUGGUGUUUUGAUCCUUUUUCUGACUUGUUGUUUCUAUGUAACUUGUGUUUGUAAAGAUGUUUCUAAACCGAUACAGCAUAUAAAUAAAUGUUAACUGUCUUUUAUUGUGACACAUCAGAAUAAGGCCACUCAAAGUGGAGGGAAUGAUUAAAUCUGUUACAUUAAGCUCAAAAUGUUUGAAAAGGGAGAUCCCUAGUUUUAAAAAAGGAGAUUUUUCUGGCAACAUGGCAAAGGCCUGAGUGUUUUCGAUCAUCACAGCAAGAGUCAAUCCAUUGACUCAUUCAGCAGUUGAAUUGUUUUUGGUAAUUUGUUGUGUUGGCUUUGAAAUAAAAAUAAAAGCAAAUAAGGGGAGGGAUAAUGUCAUCUGCUUGUGAAGGAAAGAAACAGGAGCAGCACCCAUCAUCCCCUGCCUUUGGACAGGUCACAGUGCCAUUCUUAUCUUGAACAGCUUAAGAGUUCAUUUCCCCAUAGUUGGUUCCAUGUGUUCAUUGAAAUGGCAUCUCUGAUUUGUUUAUUGUCAAAUAAAAAUACCAACUGCCACAGGGAAAAGCAAUAGAUGAUUCAAUUGUUAUACUUAAUUUGGGAUUACCAAUAGGAUUCAAGCCAAAAUGUUAUUUGAUAUUAACCCUAUUGUGGAGAAGUAAAGUCGUUAUUGGGAUGGGAUGGGAAUUUGACAUGGAACAAAGGUAUUUGUAACACUUCUAUUUACAGAUUCCCUUGUGACAUAUUGCAACUACCCUUUGCUCCCAGUACUCUGCCUAGUCUCAAGUUGGGAGUGUUCAGUUAUCAGAUCUGUUCUGUCAUGGAGUUGCAGAUAUGCAAUCACAAACAUAAAAUAAUUCCAGUCUUAGUAUUUGGGAAUCCUAACUAAACUAAGUUUGGAUUUAGUUACAAGACUUACAUCUCUCUGAUCCAGGAUCUUGACCUCAUUUUGUAGAUACAUAUGCAGAAUGCACACCUCUCUGCAAACAACCAUGCAUAAUGGACACAUAUCAUAAAGGUUGGAAAGAUGCAAGAGAUAAGACAGUCUGUUUCGACAAUAAGUAGGAUAAUCAUGUAUGCACAGUGUCAUUUGAACAAUUUGCAGCAUCUCUUUCAGUGCUCUUUUUACAUAGAAGCAGACUUCCAUGGGCAAUGUGAACAAGAACUUGGUUCUAAAGUUGUAGAUUCUCUACCUAUCCAAAAGCUAGAUGCACAAAGAAAGUUCUUUAUAACGAAACAAAAAACUUUCUUCUAGCCUUUCAGUUCAAGUGAUCAGCAUGAAUCUGUCAUAUUUAAAAGGUUUCCAUGUAGGUUUUGUUCAUCCUGCCUCUCUUAGUGAUGAGAGGUAAUAAUAAUGAACCAUCUCACCAAGGAGUCAUAAUAAUAGAUUCAGACAGUAUCUACUGUUUCAGGUACAUAAAACAGCAGUAUAAUCAUCAGUAAUGUUUGCUUCUAAGUAAAUUAAUACCUUUAAUGUGAACAGUGUAGAUUUGCUCCUGUUUUGUGGCUUUUAACUGUAGAGAGAAGAGAUUAAAAACUGGAAUCAUAUAACUAGACAUAACUAGAUGCAAUAAAAUGCAGUCAAAUCCACAAAAUAGUGAUACAAUUAUUGGCCAAAUAACAAACUGUAGCAUGCAAGCUGUGCCUGAAUUUCAGUUUGCUAAUAAAGGUAUUGCUUUUUGUGGAUUUGGGGUUUUGUUGUAUUUUGCUGCAUUGUCAGCAUGGCUAUCCCUGAUUGUGUUCCCUGGAUUUGAAGAUACCAGAUUUUGAGACAAAAAGAGAAACUUUAAGUAGGGUGAGCUAAUUGACUAGGACUUAAUUCUUUGAGGUUUUUAUUUCCAACAAAGAUAAAACUAUUUUCAUUUGAACUACAAUGGGCAGAUUUUUCCUAUACAGCGCCUUAACAUUUUUCCAAAUGUGACAGUACAGAGAGUAAGAAAUUCAAUGUUCUCUGCUUGAGAAAAGAGCAGUUAGUUUCACACAGGACAAUGACGACUUCAUUUUCUUCUCUCUUACGAUUUUUAACAUCUUUUGUCUAAUAGUGGAGCUUUGAAAGCUUGUGUGAUGCAUGUUGUGCAUUUUGCUAGAUAUAAUUCUGUUUUCUCAUACUUUCUUUUUUUCUUGAAUUUUUAGUUGGAGAAAUAUUGUAUAACUAAUAAUUUGUUUUUGGUUGAAAAAAGUAUACAGUGGGCAUAUACUUAAUCCUAUAUCCAAUCUAGACCUGGGAUUAGGAUACCUCCUUUUUGGAAGCUGAUGGGAAGACAAUGGAUAAAUAUAUUCUGUCUGUGUAUUCACAGAUAUUAUUGAGCCAUUCUACUAUUUUUGAAUUACAGCAUAUUUAGCAUCUAUUAUCUCUUUUGAGAUCUAGUUUUCUGACCUUGCUUUCAUUUAGCCAGCCUUUGUUUUUCUUUAAAUUUCUAGAAAAAAUAUAUAUCGGAGAUAAGAUAACUUCCUAGAUCCGAGCCUGCUGGUGCUCCACACAAUAUUUUAUGGCUACCCUGUGGUUUUUAGAGCUUGGUAAGGCAUCCCCAAAAGAUGAAACUAUGCAUAUAUCUAUUUAUGCUCCCUGCAAUAAAUGUGCCUUCUGUUCCUCAGAGGUAUUGCCUCAGAAUUGUGUCCAUGUUUAUCUUCAAUGACUAAUAAAAAAACAAAGCAUGCUAAAUGACAAAUAUGCAGGUGCAGACAACUACACACUUAAACAUACAGAUCACUUGAGGUACUAUUUUUUCUAAAAAUGUGCUAAUCUUGAAUUUCAUACAUAGCUUAAUUGAGAAAAACUUUAAUAGACUAGAAUUAGGAAGCUGCGAUAUACAGGUUAUUUGCUGAAUUGGAAACAGUAUGCAUAAAUUGAAUGCACAUUGAAGCAUGCAUUCUACGACCAAAAUUCACAGUAGAAGGUGGGAAAUAAAUGCCAUUUCUUCAGCAAGGUAAUGAUAGCAUUUGGAUAUUCCAAGUCAAAAGAGAGAAUUGCUCUGGGGGAAAGGAGUUUUCUUCAAACCAAUUUUCUAGCUGUGUUGCUUCUUUUGUGACCUGUCUGCCCUAGAAAGUAAAAGGCAACUCCUAAAUGGUUUUUGAUGGAGAGAGACUGUGGGAAAUACUGUUCCAUAUAUUCCCAUUUCAUAUGCCUUAUUGCAUAGUGACACUGAUUCUGGGCGAGUCUCCAUGUCAACCAAUUCUUCAAUUUUCCUUAUAUGUCUUUCCAAACUCUGGCAUUAGAAAGCAAUUUUGAUUCUUAACAGGCUGCGCAUUCAGUUUACUGAGUUAAAAACAACAAGGCAUCAGGAACAGAAGAGGAAACACAGCCAAAAAAAUCUAGGUGAUAUUUCGUCUACUUGGGUUAGUGCAGUUACUGACAAGCGACAAAGCAGAACUUAUGAACCUUGCUACAAGGCAAUAUCAAUAAAACCUUUACAGCCCCACUUCCCAGAAGGCUGACCAUUUAUGUAUGCCACAUUUUAUGGAAGCUGUAUUUUAAAAUGAGUAUUGUAUUAAUGCCUAUACUUACUCUUCACCCUAUAAAGCCAAGUCGUGGGAUCUGCCUCACAGAAAGCUUUGAAAUAAAUGUAACAUCUGUCAAGUCAAUUAAAAUACAUGCGAGUGUCACUAAUUUAAUGUCUGAUUUACUGAAGAUUUCCAGGAUUAACUGUAUUAAUCAUGUAAUAUAAGCAGAGACAGUGUGAAGAAAAUGAAGAGUGUAUCCAUGGUCUGUGUCUCCCCAACCAACACUUUUCCCCAGAUAACAUGUUAUUUUUAUUAUUUUAAUAUUUCUAUGGUUGGCUCUAAUUAGCAGAGGAAUGCAAGAACGUUGAUCCAGAGAUAUACUUUAAAAAAAUCUUUUCCUGGGCCAUGUUGGAGAAAAAGGCUAUGCCACAUAUAUUUAAAAUAAUAUGAGAGACCAUGUUGUAUGUACAGUGGACCCUUAAUAUCCACAAGAUUUUCAUUCCCAGUACAGUAUAUACAACAGUUUAGUAAAAUGGUGUUCCUUAUAUAAAGAUUACAAUUUUUGUUUUGUUUUGAAGGGUGAACAUUUUUGUGUAAUGCAGGGGUCCCCAAACUAAGGCCCGGGGGCCGGAUGCGGCCCUCCAAGGUCAUUUACCUGGCCCCCGCCCUCAGUUUUAUAAUAUAAUAUUUUUAUAUAAGUUUUAAUAAUAUAAUAUAUUGUAUAUACAUAUAAUAUUGAUAAUAAUCUUAUGUUAUACAAUAUAAUACUAAUAGUAAUACCAUAUAAUAAUAUUAAUUAUAUGUUAUAUAUUACAUAUUAUAUAAUAGUAUAGUGGUAUAGUUCAAUAUAGUAAUAUAUAAUGCUAAUAUUGUGUUAUGCUAAUAAUAUAAUAUAAUAUGUACAUACAGCUGCUCUGAGUCCCCUUCGGGGUGAGAAGGGCGGGAUAUAAAUGUAGUAAAUAAAUGCAGUAAAUAAAUAAAUAAUUUUAGACUUAGGCUCAACCAAAGUCUGACAUGACUUGAAGGCACACAACAACAACAACAACAACAAUCCUAAUUAAUUUGACUAUCUCAUUGGCCAGUAGCAGGCCCACACUUUCCAUUGAAAUCCUAAUAGGUUUAUGUUGGUUAAAAUUGGUUUCAUUUUUAAAUAUUGUAUUGUUCUUUCGUUGUUGUUGUUGUUGUUGCACUACAAAUAAGACAUGUAUAGGAAUUCGUUUGUAUUUUUUUUUUCAAAUGAUAAUUCGGCCCCUCAACAGUCUGAAGGAUUGUGGACCGGCCCUCUGCUUAAAAAGUUUGGGGACCCCUGGUGUAAUGGAUGGUAGAACCCAGAGAUGCAGAAUAUGUGGAUAUGAAAAGUCAACUGUAUUGCAUACAUGUGAUGUUACAAAACAUUAAUUAAAAUAAUAAGCAGUAUUCCCAGUUCAUAACCACCAUAUUUUUCUAAGCUAUUUUGAGAUUAACAUUUCAAUGGAGUAUGUACUUUAGAACCAACAAAGCAUAUGUCCCCUGCAUUGCAAAGGGCAUCUCUUGUCAAAACUGGGCCAUAAUAUUGUGUGGGUUUAUAAGUAUCUACAUGUUUUCUUAGAAUGUCUUUUUGCUAUCCCCAGCAAUUAGCUUUAAAUACUCAGUUUCAGUCUACUGGUCAUGUUGCAGGAAAAUCUUCUGAUAGUUCUCUCAGUCUCUCUAUCUCACUCAAUUUAUUUCAGCAACAACAACAAAACCUAAUAGUACUAAUCCAAUUGCCUUUGCAACUCUCCCAAAGAAAAUGAACGUAUGCAUUUUAUAAAACUUUGAGUGGUCAUAACAAUGGAGCAUACUUUAUAAUAAAACAUGAAACAUUGGCAAUGAAAAUGGUGCUUAAAGCAGUUUCAGCUAUAUCUAUAUUACAUAUAUUCUCUAUAAUGGAUUUGCCCACCUUAUAUAUUGUAUAAUAUGUGUGUGAACGGAUAUCUGAAUAAAACACCUUUGCCUAGAGAUUUUAUGUAUACAUAGAUACUACUUUUUCUAAAUUUCCCCUCAUUCCUCUAGAUGAAACUGCUAUCAGACAUUCAUCACGUAUUUGACAUAUGAAGGAUAUAAUUUAUUUGUAAACUCAGGAUGUUCUUGCUUUAUCAAAUUGCUUGUACUUUGUAAUUUAUUUACCCAUCUUAAUUGGAAAUGCUUAUCUAAGUGCUAUGCAUUGAAGUGUACAUUUGCUGAAUCCAUUCAUUCUGUCUAUGCCUAUGUCCUUUUUCAUAUGAACAGUGGUAUAAUAAAGUCACGUAAGGUUGGAAAGGGCCCCUUGCCAUUGGGCCAAAGGCUUCUACUGCAUCCGUCAUAAGAAGUUUUGCAAGAAGACAGACCUGCAAACUUAUAUUGUGCUACAUCAGCUGAGCAUUUUUGGAACAGAAAAACUACCAACAUUGGGACAGGAAUGAAAAAAAAUCAGAAAAACACAGAAAUCUGCAAGUUUAUUGAAUGAUUAUGUCAGACCUUUUGCCAUUAAAAUGUAAAGUUUACUGUUUUCUGGCUUAAAAAAAAUCUCUUACCUUUUGUGGUAUAUGAGGUGUGAAACAUAUUGUCAAAAUAUGAUGUUUAAAAGAUAUCAAAUAUAGUGGCAUUAAAUGUUUACUUUUAUCUUA